CACAUCACAGCCUCUUUUCGUAGAGUCUAUGUAGGUUUUUCACGUGGGGAAAAAAAUUAAAUAACUUUUUUUAGUCAUAAAUGAUAAAUAUUUGCUCUUUGAGCACCAAAAAAAAUUAAAAAACAUAAAAAACUAAAAAAAAAUCGAAAAAUACUGAAAAAAUUGCUAAAAAAUAUCGAAAACGUAAGCAAAAUCCUCUUGAGUGUUAGCUAUCCAUGUCAUAGGCUUAACAUUGAAACAAGAAGGAACUUUGAAGAAAUUGAAAGAACAAAAUGAAUCCUAACGGCCCAAAUUAUCCUGUGGCGUCUUUGUACGUUGGAGAUCUGCAUGCAGAUGUUACCGAAGCUAUGCUUUUUGAGAAAUUUUCCACAGCAGGUCCAGUAUUAUCAAUUCGAGUUUGCAGAGAUUUGAUUACACGAAGAUCUUUGGGUUAUGCAUAUGUUAACUUUCAACAGCCUGUUGACGCUGAACGAGCCUUGGAUACUAUGAAUUUUGAUACUGUGAAGGGAAGACCCAUAAGAAUCAUGUGGUCCCAGAGAGAUCCGUCACUCAGGAAGUCGGGAGUUGGCAAUGUCUUCAUCAAAAACUUGGAUAAGAGCAUUGACAACAAGGCUAUGUAUGACACAUUCUCUGCUUUUGGGAACAUCCUCUCGUGCAAGGUAGCGACAGAUGAAGAAAGUAGUUCUAAAGGUUAUGGUUUUGUACAUUUUGAAACUGAAGAAGCUGCAAAUAAUGCUAUUAUAAAAGUAAAUGGAAUGUUGCUCAACGGGCGAAAAGUAUUUGUUGGAAAAUUCAUUCCUCGUAAGGAAAGGGAAAAGUUGUUGGGAGAAAAGGCUCGCAGAUUUAUGAAUGUGUACAUCAAAAAUUUCGGAGAUGACCUUGAUGACGAAAAACUUGGAGAAUUAUUCACCAAGUAUGGCAAGAUAACAAGUGCUAAGGUCAUGUCUGAUGAUAUGGGAAAAUCAAAAGGAUUUGGAUUUGUUAGUUUUGAAGAGCCAGAAAAUGCAGAAAAGGCUGUCGAAGAUCUCAAUGGGAAAGAAUUAAAUGGAAAGAUACUGUAUGUCGGACGGGCACAAAAGAAGUCUGAGCGAGCUGCGGAGCUCAAGAGGAGAUUUGAAGCACUCAAGAUGGAGAGAAUAAAUAGAUACCAAGGAGUGAACUUGUAUGUCAAGAACUUGGAUGACGCUAUUGAUGAUGAGAAGCUACGGAAAGAAUUUUCUCCUUUUGGAACUAUCACAAGUGCUAAGGUCAUGACUGAUGGAAACGGCCGCUCCAGAGGAUUUGGCUUUGUCUGUUUCAGCUCACCAGAAGAAGCCACCAAAGCAGUGACCGAGAUGAACGGACGAAUAGUCGCUUCCAAACCGUUGUACGUUGCCUUGGCUCAGCGCAAAGAAGAACGUAAGGCGCAUUUGGCUUCUCAGUACAUGCAACGCAUGGCUGGCAUGAGAAUGCAGCUUGGUCAAAUGUUCAAUCCUGGUAGUGCUGGCUAUUUUGUCCCCACUAUGCCUCAAGCCCAGAGAAGUUAUUUCCCACAAAUGGCGCAGAUGAGAGCUACUCCAAGAUGGCCAACUCAGCCUCAAAUAAGACCUGGUGCACAACCAGCAGCAGCCUUCCAAGCGAUGCAGUCCGCUCCGUUCGCGAGAGCCGCGGCCAGGCCCGCCGUGGCCGCCUCCCAGAAUCCCGGCAUGCGUGCCGGCAUGAACGCUCGCCCCAUCACCGGGCAGCAGCCUUCGGCCGCUGCCGCCGCCGCGGCGGCCGCUUCCGGCAACCGGGUGGCCGCCAUGGGCCCCACGGGAGUGGGCGCUGCUCGCCCCGCCACCCUGACGGCCGCGGGCGUGUCCCAGGCCCGACCCGCCGCCUACAAGUACACUUCGAACAUGCGCAACCCGCCCCAGCCCCAGGCCGUGCCUCAAGCCGUCACCCAGCAGGCCGUGGCCCAACAGGCGGUGCACAUCCAGGGGCAGGAGCCCCUGACCGCCUCCAUGUUGGCCGAAGCCAACGCCCAGGAGCAGAAGCAGAUGCUGGGCGAGCGCCUGUUCCCCGUCAUCCACCGCUGGUACCCCGAGAUGGCCGGAAAGAUCACCGGGAUGUUGCUGGAGAUAGACAACUCGGAAUUGCUGCACAUGUUGGAGCAUCACGAAUCGCUCAAGGCCAAGGUGGAAGAAGCUGUCGCUGUACUCCAAGCCCAUCAUGCCAAGGAAACCCUAUCUGUUGCAGGAGGUAUCAAGAAAGAAGCCUAAAGUGUUUCACUAUAAGAACUCUGUUGCUUACAAAAAAAAAAAAAAAAUUCUUAAAAAAAAAUGAAAAUGUUUAAAAAACCCACGUGAAAGCCAUGCUUUAAAUGAAAAAAAGAAAAAUGACAAAAAAAUAGCAAAAUUCUCAAAAAAUAUUGAAAGGAUUGUUGGUGGAGUGAUGAAAAUAAAUGCUUAUAUAUAUCUUUGAUAUUUAUAUACGAAAGUCCUUUACAUAUUAUAAUGCUCUAUUUCUUGUGAUUAUUUUUUUUGGUAGGUUUAGGGUUUCAUUUGACAAAAGCAAAAUUGAUUUUUAAAUAAACUUUUGUUUCUUCUUAA